AUGGCGGACCACGCACCCGGCUCAGGGCCUGCUACAAAAGAGCCAAGCUGCAUCAAUUGUGGCGGUGUUGGCCAUUGGGCUGUAGCAUGUCCGGAGCCGGUGAGAGCGAAGCCUGCUGGUUUGCCCCGAAGAAACACUUCAAGCAGUCGUGACCAUGGCCGAGGGAGUAACCAUCAACACGGCGGGAGGCGACCAGGCGCUGUUGUGACCAAGUAUCCCGCUCCACCUACCGGCAGUCAGAUCGUCACUCGUUACGGCCCGCCACCGGGCCAGCCCCAUGCUCCUCCGGUCCCCAGACCCCCGCAGCCCUAUCCGUCUUAUCCACCCUCGCCGGCCGGGUACGUGCCCCCGCCGCCGAGUAGCUACCCCGGCUAUCCUCCGUACUCGCCGCCACCGCCUCCGGGCGCCUACCCACCACCUCCUGGCCCUCCUGGACCCUCGGCGCCGUAUCACUACCCAUCUCCUGGACAGUAUGGUGGGCCCCCGACGGGGCCGACUGGGCCUCCACCCCCUUCUUACCAGCCACCGCUACCUUAUCCUCCCAGUGCUUCUUAUCCUCCCUCUUACACUCCUCCAUCUGAAUACCAGCCUGUCCCGGCUCCUCCCCCUCCUCCUCUUCCGCCUAGUGGACAGUACUCUGCACCAUACAAUCCCAUAACAUACGGAGGCUACUCUCCAUCCACAUAUGGGCUACCUCCGGCGCCACCGCCAUAUAGACCUCAGCCAGGCCCUCCUCAGCCUCCCCCUUCGUAUGCCCAGCCGUACGGGCCACCUGCUUCGGGAGUCGGUCCAUUGCCUCCUUUACCCACUCCCCCUCGGGGUUCACCACCAGGUUUACCGCCCAUCCCUCCUCAUAGGAAUCAACUGUCGCGAGAUCGACACGGACGGCAUCGACAAGGUCAUAACCACCGACCUGACCGCUCCCGCAAGAACAACAAGCACAGCAACCCCAAACGUGAUGCACCACAACCAAGACAGAAGUCGGACGGUAAUAAAGAGGAGCAAGAGCCAGCCCAAGUGGUACCCGAGCCGAAACAGCCGAAGACUGCAUCAGUACCAAAUGUAACAACCCCCGAAGGUCGACACGACAACAGCGUAUCUGAAGAAGGCGUCGAUGAUGACGAAGUCGAUUGGAUGUGGGAGGCCGAGAUGAUAUUCAAGGAGACAGACAACGCUCAUCAGCCAGACCCAAUCGCCAAGCCGCUCCCCGGACCGGAAGAUUACCAUGAUAACAUCAUGCUACCUCCGGCGUGGAAUGCCACGUGCAUGCUGUCCGAGUUUGUAACGGACAAGAACCUUGAAGAGUUUUCAAGGCCGAUCCGAGAAACCAAGCAUUUUGCGUCUCUGCAACUUGACCCAGUGUUCUGGAGAGGCCCAGUUGAAUCGAAAACAGCUAGGCAAGAAUCCGAGCCGCGGGACAGCAAGCCCGUUUCCUUCAAGUCCACCCGUCUCCCAGGGUUUCCCUCUCUUCCACCGAAACCACCGACUCCGGAAAAUCGUGAAUACCGUUUGGUCAACAGCCGCAAGCGAACGUGGGAGGAGACGCCUAACAAGACCUCACGAACCAGAAGCAGCCAAGACGGUGACUGGGCGAGCCACCGUCAGAAACGACACAGAGGCGAUUCGCACUCUGGCCACGAUACUACAUCACCUCAUAGCCGGACGACCAGGGAAGACUCGCGACCAAUUGACCGAUACCGGUUUCAAAGGCUAGACCGCGACGAGUCUGAUCCAACCGACGCACUACUUAAGUCCCUGGAUGACUCCCAUGACGCUGGUCCUUCCAGGCGACAUGGCGGUGACGAGAAGUUUACUACCCGUCACGAUUUCGAUCAUAAUAGCUCUCAGGAUGCGCGACGCCAGGGCUCGGCCAGUGGUUUUCACGAAGGACGGACACCGCCGCUUCUGGGAACACCGCCGCCAGAGGACAGUGCUCAACGAAGACAAGCCUCGCGGUCUCGUUCUCGCUCGCGUCACUCCCACCGGCCCGGCUCUGGCAGCAGCCACGCCGAAUCACGUCCAGCAUCUAGGCAGUCUGCAGCGUCGUUCGCAUCGCAUGGCACCGAGGACUCGGAGCUAUCGGCCCUUGAAGCCGAACUUCUGGGUAUUGCUCCUAAACCAAAAGGAGGUAAAGAGAGUAAGCAUGGCGGCCACGGCUUGAAGUUCCGCAAGCGCGUCCCCAAGGUUGACUCAGCUUAUGGGUAA